AUGGAAAACCCGAUGCAGCCAGCGCCGCCGCCUCCUCCUCGGCGGCGGCCGGAGAUGGGCAACCACCAGCCCAACCACCCACCGCCGCCGCCCCAGAAGUGCCCACGCUGCGACUCCACCAACACUAAAUUCUGCUACUACAACAACUACAGCCUUGCCCAGCCCCGCUACUUCUGCAAGGCUUGCCGGAGGUAUUGGACCCAAGGCGGAACCCUAAGGAACGUCCCCGUCGGCGGCGGUACCCGCCGCGCCCGCCGCCCAAGACCCGCCGCCGCCGCGGCCCGCGUCGCCGGAGUGCCCCGACCCGCCCCUCCGCCGCUGGCCGUCCCUCCUCCCCGCCCAAAUCCGGGGGCGCUGAGGGCUCCGAUCCUGCCGCCCACCGGCAACGGCGGCGUCGGCGGUUCUUUCUUCGCCGGAGGUUCGUUUCUGGCCGGAAUCCCGAAUUUCGGCGGCGGCCAGUAUGAUGCCGCCGGCAAUAUGGGGCUUCUGCAGAGUUUUCAGUCGCUACAGCCGCCGAGCGCGAAUCAGGUGUUUCCAGCUCAGCAUCAGGGGUUGAAUAUUGUUAAUCCGGGCCGGCCCGGUUUGAACCCGUGGGCCCAGAGCUUCAUGAGAGGCUCAUCUUCAGCCGGGACAAGCUCCGGCUUCUGGGGUCGGGCUGAAGAAAGUCAACCGGUUCAGAAUCCAUUCAACCCGAAUCACUGGUCGGACAAUAAUAAUAAUCCAGAUGGGGUUUGA